GAGCCCAUGCUGCAGCUGGCCGCCUCCGCCGCCUCGCCCCCGGAGCUGCGGCGCAGGUGCGUGGACGCCCACAUCGCCGGCGUUGCCGCGAUCCUCUCCUGCAGGGGCGAGGGCCUACCCCAGUACGCCACGGAGAGCGUCGUCGGGGGAGUGCCCGGAUGGCUUGCGGUCCACGCGGCGCUGUGCACGGGCGUGGAAGGCUGGAGCGACGACGACAGGGUGUCCUGCGCAUUCACCGCGCUGCGCACCGUGACCGCUCUGUCGAGGUAUCGGGCCAUGGAGGACUGGCUGGCCAAGCGCCCAGAUGGGCCACCCAUGCAGCCAUCUACUCCAAUGGCGUAUGAGUGA